AUUAUGAUUUGCUUUUAAAGCCGUGGAUGACAGACAUGCCUUUCUCUGAGUCUCUCAAAUAGUGAUAUUGAUGAAAGUAUGGAAGCAUCAAGUAGCAGUUCCGUGGCAGUAUCAAUUAUUUUGGUGAUAAUAGUAACAUUGGGAUGGAGAAUACUCAACUGGGUUUGGUUUAAGCCGAAGACGCUUGAAAGGUUUCUAAGACAACAAGGACUUGCAGGCAAUCCAUAUAGGUUUUUCCAUGGAGACUUGAAAGAGAGUGUGGCCAUGAUCAAGCAAGCAAGAUCUCAGCCCUUUGAUUUUUCACAGCAUCUUGCCCUCCGAGUUGCUCCCUUUCUCCUUCAAAUCCUCAACAAUUAUGGUAAGAAUUCCUUUAUUUGGAUUGGACCAAUACCCAGAGUGAACAUCACAAAUCCUGUGCAUAUAAAAGAAGUAUUCACAAAAAUAAAUGAAUUUCAGAAGGUAAAGAUGCUUCCACAGUUCAAUGUGUUAAUACCAGGACUUGUAAGCUAUGAAGGUGACAAAUGGGCUAAGCAUAGAAAGAUUAUCAACCCGGCAUUCCAUCAAGAGAAGUUAAAGCUUAUGUUACCUGUAUUUUAUCAAUGCUGUAAUGAGAUGAUUGAGAAGUGGGAGAAGUUGAUCACCACAAAGGAAUCAUGUGAGUUGGAUGUGUGGUCUUAUCUUCAAAACCUGUCACGUGAUUGUAUUUCUCGAGCAGCAUUUGGAAGCAAUCACGAACAAGGAAAAAGAAUUUUUCAACUCCUCAAAGAGCUAAGCAUUCUCAUAAUGCAAGCUGCACAAACGGUUUAUAUACCUGGUUGGAGGUUUUUGCCAACUAAAGCUAAUCAAAGGAUAAAAGAAAUUGAUAGAGAAAUACAAGCUUCACUUAAGAGUAUGAUCAGUAAACGUGAAAAUGCAAUGAAAGCACGUGAAGCUACGAAUGAUGAUUUAUUAGGAUUACUCAUUGAAUCUAAUUUAAGAGAAACUAAAGAACGUCUGAGUAUCCAAGAUGUGAUUGAUGAGUGCAAGCUAUUUUACUUUGCUGGGCAAGAGACCACUUCAGUAUUGCUUGUUUGGACCAUGAUCUUACUGAGUAAGUACCCCCAUUGGCAAGCACAAGCCAGAGAAGAGGUUUUGCAGGUUUUUGGCGGAAAAAAACCAGAAUUUGAUGGGUUGAACCACCUUAAAGUUAUGUUACAGGUGACUAUGAUUUUGUAUGAGGUUCUUAGGCUCUACCCAGUAGGAAUUGCAUUUACUCGAACUGUUAGUGAAGAAACAAGGCUUGGAGAUUUGAUACUACCUGCUGGGGUGCAAAUUGCCUUGCCAAUAAUCCUUGUACAACAAGACCCUGAACUAUGGGGGAAAGAUGCAGCAGAAUUCAAACCAGAAAGAUUUUGUGAAGGAGUUUCAAAAGCAACAAAGAACCAAGUUUCAUUCUUCCCUUUCGGAUGGGGUCAUAGGAUUUGCAUUGGACAAAACUUUGCUCUCCUGGAAGCAAAAAUGGCUGUGGCUAUAAUUUUACAACACUUCUCUUUUCAGCUUUCUCCAUCCUACUCUCAUGCUCCUCACUCAAUUAUAACUAUUCAGCCUGAACAUGGUGCUCAAUUGAUUUUACGAAAACUCUAGAUGAAUGAGCUCAAUAAUUAAUUUGCAUAAAUGUAUGUAGAGGUAAUUAUUGUCAAAUGAGGAAUAUAUUAUUAUUAUUAUUAUUUCCCUUGUUUAUCAAAUUAUUAUUUCCUUUUCA